UAGGAUUUGGGAGUGACGCGGAUAUGAAAGCUAGUUUAUCCCUCUUUCCUUCGCUAUGAAAAUUAUUUGGACAAAGUAGACAAACGACUGCCAGCCCUAGUUAAUUAGUUAAUUAUGAUUGUAGUUUACAUUAUUUGUUGAAGGAAGCAAAAAGCCGGAGUGCGUAGUGGUUACGACUGAUUUAUCACCUCGGGAUUAUACUCGCUAGGGCCGCCUUCCGAGCUGUUGGGAUAACUUUGGAGAAGUUCUUUGUAUUCGGGAUAGUCACAGCUUGGCCAACAAGCUGAACAUGGACUGGGGCACAGAGCUUUGGGACCAAUAUGACAUCAUUGAGAAGCAUACACAGUCUGGCCUGGAGCUGGUGGAGAAGUAUGUGAAAUUUGUGAAGGAGAGGACAGAGAUUGAACAAAACUAUGCCAAACAACUGAGGAAUCUUUCCAAGAAAUAUAACCUAAAACGAAGCAGUAAAGAUGAACCAGAGUGCAGGUUGUCCAGCUACCAGUCUUUUUUGGAAAUCCUCAAUGAGAUGAACGACUACGCGGGGCAGAGAGAGCUAAUUGCUGAAAACAUGAUGAUGAGCAUUUGCAUCGAUCUCACCAAGUACCUGCAAGAGCUCAAGCAGGAACGAAAGACGUAUCUGAUGGAGGCCAAGAAGGCCCAGCAGAGUUUGGAGAGCACCUACAAGCAGCUUGACGGUAGUAAAAAGCGCUUUGAGAGGGAAUGGAGGGAAGCGGAGCGUGCAGCACAGUACGCAGAAAAGACUGAUCAAGACAUCAAUGCCACGAAGGCGGAUGUUGAAAAAGCCAAACAGCAGGCUCAUAUGAGAGCACAUGUAGCGGAGGAGUGUAAGAACGACUAUGCUGCUCAGCUUCAGAAGUACAACAAGGAGCAGAAUCAGUUCUAUUUUAAUGAUAUGCCACUCAUUUUCAAUAAAUUGCAGGAUCUGGAUGAGAGGCGAGUGCGGAAGUUGGCGCAAGGCUACAUCUUGUUCUCAGACACAGAGAAGCAUGUGAUGCCUAUCAUUGGCAAGUGCCUGGAAGGCAUUACUAAAGCCGGCACUAAUGUUAAUGAGAGGAAUGACUCCAUGGUUGUGAUAGAGCAGAACAAGUCAGGCUUCGAACGUCCUGGAGAUGUGGAGUUUGAGGACUACAGUCAAGGAAUCAACCGAGCCUCAUCUGACAGUAGCCUGGGCACGCCUAAAGGCCCAAUGGACCUUCUAGGAAAGAACAGGAGCAAAAACUUUUGGCUUUUCAGCAAAAGAAGUAAGCUAACGGACCCCCUUCCCCCAAGUUUGGCCGGGACCCCCUGUCGUACUGUUUGAAGGAGAUCAAUAAGACAGUCAAACCCAGAAUCUCUUCCUUCCGGACACUCAGGAGAUCGAAGUUUACCCCAGAGAGGAUCAUGCCUACAGUGACGGAGGACUUCGCCCAUCUUCCACCAGAGCAGCGCAGGAAGAGGUUACAACAGAAACUAGAGGAAAUCUGCAAAGAGCUGCAAAAGGAAGUAGAUCAGAGUGAGGCCCUGGGGAAGAUGAAAGAUGUUUAUGAGAAAAAUCCUCAAAUGGGAGACCCUGCAAGUCUGGCAUCCCAAAUAAGCCAGACAUCCCAAAAUAUAGAACGGCUCAGAGGGGAGCUCAACAAGUAUGAGACUUGGCUAGCUGAGGCAGGAGGCCGAGGGGACACAUUACGCUAUAAAUCUCACACAUUUAACAACAACGGAGCUCAUGAUGUACACAGCCCUGAUGGAGCUCACUCUGAUGAAAGCACUCCUGAUCCCUCCCAGGCCAUCUAUGCUGAGUUUGAUGAUGACUUUGAGGAUGAGGAACUAACUGCUCCUAUUGGGAAAUGCACAGCCAUGUACAACUUCCCUGGUGCCAGUGAAGGAACCAUCUCUAUGCAGGAGGGGGAGGUGCUGGCCGUGGUAGAGGAGGACAAAGGGGAUGGCUGGACCCGUGUCCGUCGGAACAAUGGGGAUGAGGGCUACAUACCUACAUCUUAUGUCACCAUCUCCCUAAACAAAUGACUAACACGUGAGGAACCAGAGAACAAUAAAUUAUCACUUCACCAAACUGUAUGCAGUUCUUCCAACGGGACCAAUCAAAAAGAAGCCACAACACUAUGGGCGGGACCACUGGUGUAUCUAGAAGGGGAUCCAAAGAAGGUGCUUUGAUUGCUUCAGAGAGGUGCCCCAAAUGGGCAGAGGAAUGGUGCUAACAGUAUGUUCCUAAUGGCUUCCAUUACAUUAUUGUAAUUCAAGUUACCUAAGCCACCUAACCACAAGGUUAUUUUACUUUUUGAAAUGUCACAAUAAUCUUUUGGUUUUGGUUUAAAAGUGUUGCAUGGAUUUAAGGCACCAUCAUGGUACGAGUGCUUGCCUCGUCCUGCAGCCUAAUAAGGCAUUACCUUCUGAAUGUGAGAGGAAGAAGUAGAGGAGGAAGAUGAGUGCUGCUGCCACCUUUUACACUGAGUGUUAAUAUCAGUAAUACGUACGAGGAAGUUACCUCACCUGUUUACCUUUUUCAGUUAAAAACUGACCUGCUCUGACCCACGGCAGUCCACUCCACCACUGAACCUAAAAUAUAUGGCCUGUUGCAGUUCUCAUUUACUAGCACUUGCAAUGAUAUAUAGCACCGUCACUUUGCUUGGACUUGAGAUCUUGAGAGUGUCCUCAGGGGAUGAGUGAGGUUUGAGGGAGAAUCCUUCACUUUUGGUUUUCGGCAAUUUGUGAGACCAAAGGUGUGGACAGCUCUCUCGUCAUGAAAAAUCACAUGCACACAACAGUACAAACACUUUAAUGUUCAGACAAUCACAGCCAUAUCAUCAUUUAAGUCGAUUUUCAAACUUUAGCAAUAACAAGGAUAGCUGUUGUUUUUUUUAAUAGUUACAACCUGAAAAUUGUACUAAGAAUAAUUUAUUACAAAUGUGUAUGUUCUAUAAAUACAUUUUCAAGCUUGACAGAAGUUGUACUUUGUAUUAAGGAUGUUCUCACGUUGUCUUUUUCCCUUGCACACAUAGAGGACAGUCUGUAGCCACAAAAGGGAGUAAAUAAUGCACACAUAAAAUGUGCUACAUUAAGACUAUUGUAUUUAUGUAAUAAAUAAUAUAUAUUUUAGCUAUCACAACACCACUAUUGUCUUAUUAGCUUUUUAACCAUUCAAAUAAAGAUUGUUACAUUGUGUGAGAGAACUAAAAAUCUCUACUUAUGUUGCUAAUAAUGUUUGGAUUUACUUCACACCUUCUCAAGUUGAUCCACGUCCUGUUUUUAUUUUAUUAUGGAGCCAGCAAGAAGCAGUUACUGCUCAUGUGUCUUUGGUGCCUUUCUGGUUAAAAGCAUUCUGUAUAUACCGUUUUUGCAUGUAAGACAUUUUGUGUUUUUUUCAAGACUUAAUAAAUAUAAAACACAUUUCCAAA